AUGGACGGAUUACUUUCAGAACUGCAUGGACAUCGAAGACGCACUCGAGAGUUCCACAGAGCCAUGCAGGUUGUAGAACGCCUCAACGCCUGCAUCAACGCCAUCAUCCGGCGUUACAACAUGAACCACGGUAACAUCAACUCCGCCUAUCUCUAUGCUCUGAGACUGAGGUUGGCGACUAUUGAAGGGGUCAGAAGUCUAUUCCUGGAAUAUGCCAGGUCCAAGAUGCAUGACAGUGGAUGGCAGCAAGAUGGAGAUGGCGUAACGUCUGAGGAAGAACAGGACCCGUCAGCGGAAGAAGAAGAACCCGAGGAGUCAUUUGAGGAGGUGGCGGUGGAUCAACACCAGGAUGAAGAGAAGGAUGAGGAUGAGGAUGAUGAGUUGUGUAAUGACACAGACAGAUCUACAAGUGAAGCGUUAGUUGAUGAUGUUGGUGUCGAGAAACGUUUUGCGACAUUUUCAACGUAUUCUGUCCCAGAUUUUUCUGCAAUUCAGGCAAAUCAAAGUCUUCGUGAAGUGCGCCAUCUGGAGGAUCAGAUUGGAAACGUGGUCAUAUCGGAUGAAGGGGAGACAACCUUUGAAGAUCUCAGUGACGAUGAAAUGGAUUUUGUCACAGCACAGGUUAUAACCCACCAGUGCAGGAUGUGA